UGGUGACGGUGACGGUGGCGGUUGUUGGUGGCAGUUAGGUGUGCAGUUUCCGUCGUCAGGGAAGCGGUCGGCGGCAGCGGCGGAGGGAAAGAUUUAUUCUUCGUUUACCUGGGAAGCCCAGAGCAAGAGUUGUGCUUGUUACCUCUUUCAGCGUUUGUGAGAAAACUGGGAAGAUGGUGAAUGUUCUGAAAGGUGUGCUGGUUGAAUGCGACCCAGCAAUGAAGCAGUUUCUGCUCUACUUGGAUGAGUCAAAUGCAUUGGGAAAGAAGUUCAUCAUACAGGACCUGGAUGAAACUCACGUCUUUGUAUUAGCUGAGUUGGUUAACUUCCUCCAGGAGAGAGUGGGCGAGUUAAUGGACCAGAACUCUUUUCCUAUUACUCAGAAGUAGAAAGUCUAGAGAAAUGAGAUAACUGCAAGUUUUGGAAUAAUGAAUUUCAAUAGCUUGGAUUGUUGCUGUUUUAAUAAAUGCACUGUGGUUACUAAGUUCCACAUGGGAGUGGGUACUCUAGAAAGUGGAUCAUUUUCAUAGACACACUCUUGAAUUGUAUUUAUAAGUUUGAAAAAAUUGUGGUAUCUUUAUUAAAAUCCUUAAAAUGAUACA